AACCCCUAUAAACAGAGGACUCAGAUCUAGCAAGGAGCAGAAGCAGCCAUUUCUCUCAUCCGAGUUCGAAAUGGUCGGUCCAUUGCUUCGGUCUCUCUGGUCCACUACUAGAACCUCCUUCUCCUCUUCUUCCCACUAUUCCCGUAUCAAAUCCUCAUCCUAUGCUCGAGCUUUUUCCACCGCCACUGCCACCGCCACCGCUGUCGAGUCCGCCCCCGGCGGUGCCCUGGAUCCUGGCCGCCUCAGGAAUGUCGCGGUUAUAGCUCACGUCGAUCACGGCAAGACUACUCUCAUGGAUAGGCUCCUCCGCCAGUGUGGCGCCGAUAUACCUCACGAGCGUGCCUUAGACUCUAUUGACCUCGAAAGAGAGCGCGGCAUCACUAUUGCUUCUAAGGUUACAUCCAUCUCGUGGAAGGACAAAGAGCUUAACAUGGUGGACACUCCUGGACAUGCGGAUUUUGGUGGUGAAGUUGAGAGGGUUGUUGGGAUGGUUGAGGGAGCAGUACUAGUUGUUGAUGCUGGUGAAGGUCCACUUGCUCAAACAAAAUUCGUUCUUGCCAAGGCCCUAAAAUAUGGUUUACGCCCUAUUCUUCUUCUCAAUAAAGUAGACAAACCUGCAGUGACUGAAGAGAGAUGUAAUGAAGUCGAGAGCCUUGUAUUUGAUCUUUUCGCAAACCUUGGUGCUUCAGAGGAACAAUUAGAUUUUCCUGUUCUUUAUGCCUCGGCGAAAGAAGGAUGGGCAUCUUCCACAUAUACAAAAUGUCCUAAUGAUGUGAAGGAUAUGUCACACUUGCUUGAUGCAAUUAUUGGGCAUGUUCCUCCUCCAAGUGCUAGCGUAGAUGCCCCUUUCCAGAUGUUGGUUUCUAUGAUGGAGAAAGAUCCUUACCUUGGUCGUGUUUUGACGGGCCGUGUAUCUUAUGGAGUUGUUCGUGUGGGUGAUAGAGUACAUGGGCUUAAGAAGACAGAAGAUGGAACUGUAAAACUUGAAGAAGGAAAGAUUGUAAAGCUGAUGAAAAAGAAGGGUAUGAGAGCAGAUCCAGUUGAUAGUGCUGGUGCAGGUGACAUAGUAUCGAUGGCAGGGUUGUCAAGUCCGACAAUUGGGCACACAGUUGCAAAUGUGGAGGUUAUGACAGCAUUACCUACUGUUGUGCUUGAUCCCCCUACCAUCUCCAUGACUUUUGGUGUCAAUGAUUCUCCCUUGGCUGGUUCUGAUGGUAUUCAUUUGACUGGAGGGAAAAUUGGUGACCGGCUGCUAGCUGAAGCAGAAACAAAUCUCGCCAUAAAUGUUCUCCCCAGUACAUCAGAAUCAUAUGAAGUGCAGGGUAGAGGUGAACUCCAAUUAGGCAUCUUAAUUGAGAACAUGAGACGUGAAGGAUUUGAGCUCUCUGUCUCCCCACCUAAAGUCAUGUACAAAGUAGAGAAAGGCGUGAAGCUUGAGCCAAUUGAAGAAGUGACUAUUGAGGUUGAUGACGAGCAUGUAGGUUUGGUCAUGGAAGCACUUUCUCACAGGCGGGGUGAAGUUACUGACAUGGGCCCUGUUCCUGGCAACACGGGAAGGACUAGAAUGUGUCUUACAUGUCCUUCAAGAGGGCUAGUUGGCUAUAGAAGUGUGUUCAGCAGUGACACCCGUGGCGCUGGAUUUAUGCACCGGGCAUUUCUAACUUAUGAAAAAUAUCGUGGUCCUCUUGGAAAUGUCAGGAAAGGAGUACUAGUAUCAAUGGGCCGCGGGUUAAUCACUGCUCAUGCUCUUAUGAAUUUAGAAGCUCGUGGAAUUCUCUUUGUGGCUCCUGGGAUGGAGACAUACGAUGGCAUGAUUAUUGGAGAGCAUUCUCGAGAUACCGAUCUUGAUGUCAACCCAGUUAGGACAAAAGAACUCACAAAUGUAAGGGCUGCUUGCAAGGAUGAGAAUGUGAGGUUAACUCCUCCCCGCCUUAUGAGUCUUGAAGAAGCCAUAGGAUACGUUGCUUCGGAUGAGCUUAUUGAGGUUACGCCAAAAGCCAUUAGGCUAAGAAAGAGAUACCUGGAAGUGAACAAAAGAAAGCAAAUGAGCAAGAGACCCAAGGAUUGAAGCCUUUUUCUUUACUUUUCCUCGAUACCUGUCAAAGCUUGUGCCACCGUUUGUAUACGUGAAGCUUAAUUAUUUUCACCUCUACUUAGGUGUUUCUCAUUUAUAGAUUUUUACGCUUAUAUAGAUAGAAAAGAAAAAAUGUAUCAUACAAUAUUCUUUUUCAAACACUGGAUACCAGGAAAUGUAUUUCGCUGUAACAGCUGAUUAAAGGCAGAGUUACUGAAAAUAAAUGCUCGAACGCAAUAAAAUUUUGUCGAACUUUGACUC